ACAACAAGCUACCUGUCGAAUAAAAGGGAAGCUUUCUGUCUGUAGGAAAAGAUUAAAAAUAUCCACCGAUAGCAGUAGCUAGUUAGGAGGCGCCGCCGUUUGAAGAUAUACGAAUUGCUUGUUGUACCUGGCCUAUUCUUCAACAAAAUUAUCUAAUCUGAUUUCAUCAUCAUGACUGAGAGGAAGGCUGUAGUAAAGAAUGCCGAUAUGGCAGAAGAAAUGCAGCAGGAUGCAGUAGACUGUGCAACGCAGGCAAUGGAAAAAUUCAACAUUGAGAAGGAUAUUGCUGCUUAUAUCAAGAAGGAAUUCGACAAAAAGUACAACCCAACAUGGCAUUGCAUUGUGGGAAGGAACUUUGGUAGCUAUGUCACUCAUGAAACAAAGCACUUCAUCUACUUUUAUCUUGGACAAGUUGCUGUCUUGCUCUUCAAAUCUGGAUAGAAAGAUAAUGAAUUGACUGAUAAUUCAAAUUAAGAUAUUAAAUGAAAGUUAUGAACCAACUGUAACAUUGCUGGACAUUUUCACCUGAUCAGCUUACAGUAGUUGGUGGAGACAUGGAAACUCUGAAUGCAUGCCAAGUAGAGUAAUUGAUUUGCAACAGAUGAAGCAUUCAAUUUGCAUCUCAAUGUUGAAAACAUUUUAAAAACAGAAUAAUGACUUUGGUUUAUUAUUUAUACAUUCCCUUCAAAUUUUAUUAGAAAUUAAACAUGGAAAAUCAUGUAACA